AUGCCCUGCAGAUUAGCCAUCACGUCUAUGUCUCUCGGACGCUGUUGUGCGGGCCACCCGCUCGCGCAUAAGCUGGACAUGGCUCGGCUGUACGGUUAUAGAGGCAUCGAGCUCUUCCACGAGGACCUGCUACACCUAGCCCAGCAGCUACCUGGAGAGUCGAUAUCUGAUAACGAGCUCGAAGCAGCUCGAAUAAUCCGAAGACUCUGCCACGAGAGGGGACUCGCAAUAGUAUGCUUGCAGCCGUUUGCACACUACGAAGGAUUGAUAGAUCGCCGGGCGCACCUCAAGCGCAUAGAGCAGCUUACAUUUUGGUUUCAACUGGCAAGGAUCCUUGGUACAGAUACCGUGCAGAUCCCCUCCAACUUCCUGCCGUCGUCCGAACUUUCAGACGAUGCUCGCAUUGCGGUCGCCGACCUUAAAAAAGUGGCUGACAUGGGUCUCGCCCAGCAACCACCGAUACGCUUUGUAUAUGAAGCGCUAUGUUGGGGCACUCGCUGCGACCUAUGGGAGCAGAGCUGGGACAUAGUACAGGCUGUAGACCGGCCCAACUUUGGCCUCUGCCUCGAUACGUUCAAUAUUGCUGGCCGUAUCUAUGCCGACCCCUCCUCGUCGACAGGCCGCACUCCGAAUUGCGACCAAGCUGUACGGGACUCUAUAGCUCGGCUCGUGACUACAGUGGAUGUCAGCAAGGUUUUCUAUGUUCAGGUGGUUGAUGCUGCGCGGCUUGCCGAGCCUUUGGUCGAAGGCCACGAAUUCUACAACGCAUCGCAGCCCGCACGGAUGAGUUGGUCCCGAAACUGUAGGCUCUUCUACGGUGAGGAGGAACGCGGUGCAUAUCUUCCCGUUGCUCAGAUAUCGCGGGCCAUCUUCCAAGGUCUCGGAUUUGAAGGUUGGGUGAGCAUGGAGCUCUUUAAUCAGAGAAUGUCGGAUACGGACGAGGUGGUGCCUCAGGAAUUGGCAAGCCGGGGUGCUGCUGCUUGGGUAAAGCUAGUCAAGGACAUGAAGUUGAGAGUUGACGUACCCGGUUCCGAAAGGGUUGCUGCGUCGCUAUGA